GACGCUGCUGCUGCCCCUGGUCAAGAUCUUGCUAUCGGUAUCAUAUCAACAGCUCCGCUCUCUAUCUCUUUCUUGCCUCCACCAUCGCCUUCUCCUCUUUCAGAGUCAUUCAUACCCAUCCCAUAGCCAUCCCCAUCCCCAUCCACCGCAUUUAAAUACCUACUCUUUCUCGACCAAAUGAUGCCCUGGCCAUAGCCGUCAGCAGAUAAUGGUCGCCAACGUGCAUGCGGCCUCAGACUAAAGUUCCAGCCAGUAACCCCCCCAGUCGGGUAACAUUGUGCUGCCUCAGCCUCGCUGAGUGGUCAAGUUGGACACCCUGAACCCCUUCCGAUGGUGCCUCGUCAAGAGUUCCAGUACCAGCAACAUCUGCAGCAACCCUCACCCAACUUCUAUUCCCCUCGUGCCCGCUCCUCCAAUAGCGCCAAACGGUCCACGCAUUCUUAUUCUUCUUCCUUCGAAGCCGAUGACGAGCGGUCGAGCUCCAACGACGACGAUAGCAUGGGGCCCGGCGAUGCAGCCUCGGGAUGUCGCGAUGAUCCGUCACAAUAUGAGGGCGAAGAUACUCGUUUGACGAGUAAGAAGGAGUUGAAUGGGUGGUAUGCGUAUGCUUUUGCUGCAGAGGUCUAUGUGAUAUGUGGGAUGGGUGAGUUAUUCAAUAUCUCAACUCUCAACUCUCAACACAAAGUAGUACAAGUAUAGCUGUCACUAGCUUCAGCUUCAGCUCCAACUUCAACUUUCAAGAACAUUCGCAAGCCAUUAGCUGGCGGAAGAAGUAACUCUAUUGUACUAUCAUCUGCUAAUCCCAAAUACCAGGCUCCUUCAUUCCCAUUACCCUCGAACAACUAGCCCGUGAAAACGGUGUCCUAGUGAGCGAUCCAACCCAACCAUGUGGAUCCAGCUCCCACGCCCCAGGAAACCUCCCAGGCACAUCUGCAGAUAAAGGGCAAUGCGUGGUAUUCAUUCUAGGCAUGCAAAUAAAUACCGCCAGUUUUGCCAUGUACACCUUCUCCCUGAGUGUACUAUUCCAAGCUCUGUUGGUAGUGUCUAUAAGUUGCGCCGCGGAUCAUGGCAACUAUCGCAAGCGCUUACUGCUAUUCUUUGCAUUUGCUGGCUCUAUAGCAACAAUGCUAUUUCUUCCCAUCGUUCCAAAGGUCUACUUGUUAGGGGCCGUGUUAGCUAUGAUAUCGAAUACAUGUUUUGGCGCGAGUUUUGUACUCCUCAACUCGUUUCUGCCUCUCCUGGUUCGGCACCACCCCAAAACACAAUACGCAUCUCAGACUGCUACUCCAGAAUUGCAAUCAGAUGACUUCUUGGAUCGAGCUCAUGAAGAGCAGCCGUUGAAUGGGAAUAUGAACGGGAAUCAUAUAGUCGACUCUACAGCUGCUCUUUUACCAUCCUCCAAACCCAAAGCUAGUACCACCUCUGUUGAACUGGAGCUCUCUACCCAGAUAUCUUCUACAGGCAUUGGAAUUGGCUAUUGUGCGGGUCUCUUUUUACAAUGCGUUUGUAUAAUCAUUGUUUACUUUAUGAAAAGUACAACUUUAUCUUUACGCGUAGUGCUAUUUCUGAUAGGAGCAUGGUGGUUUAUCUUUACAUUUCCCGCAGCGGUCUGGUUAAGACCCCGUCCAGGUCCUCCACUAAGAUCACAUAAUCCGGAUGAUCCCAACGCUUCGAGAACCUGGCUCGCAUAUUUUACCUACGCAUGGAGUUCCCUCUGGCGAACCGUCAAACUGGCCCGACGACUUAAAGACAUCAUCCUCUUCCUCGCCGCAUGGUUCCUACUCUCUGACGCGAUCGCAACUGUAUCAGGAACCGCAGUUCUGUACGCCAAAACAGAACUCCACAUGCCCCCAGCAGCCUUAGGUCUCAUCAACGUAAUUGGCACAACAGCCGGCGUAAUAGGAGCCUUCUCCUGGUCCGCCAUCUCCCGUACAUUCGGCCUACGACCUCACCAAACAAUCAUGGCAUGUAUUUUCAUCUUUGAAAUCAUCCCUAUCUACGGACUCCUCGGCUACCUCCCCUUUGUCCAAAACUGGGGUGUCAUAGGCCUUCAACAACCCUGGGAAAUGUACCCCUUAGGUUUCGUUUACGGAUUCGUCCUCGGUGGUUUAUCAUCAUACUGUCGUUCCCUGUACGGUGAACUCAUACCCCCAGGCUCGGAAGCUGCUUUCUACGCCCUCUACGCGAUUACCGACAAAGGCUCCUCCAUCUUUGGCCCUGCGAUUGUGGGCGCUAUCGUUGAUAGAACUGGGGGGAUACGACCUGCAUUCUGGUUUCUGGCGGUACUUGUUGGGUUACCGGCGCCGCUACUUUAUUUCGUGGAUGUGGAGAGGGGGAAGCUGGAGGGUGUUAAGCUGGCGGAGGUUAUUGAAGGGAGGAGAGUGCAUGAAAGUGGAUCUACUACUCCGAGGGGUGAGGAGAGAGCUUUAUUAGGCGAGAAUAGAGAGGAGGAGGAGCGUUUUGUUGAUAGAAAUGUUGGUGGGCGGUGAAUCGCCUACCUGGUUAGGUAGCUAGCUAGGGUACCUUUGGAUGUCCGUAAAGUGGGUGGUGAUUUAUAGUUUUU